AUUUUACUUCCUAGUGUGCACAAGGUUUUUAUGUGAAGGGUCACCUCCAAACAAGACAUGGAUCCUGGCAUGUCUAAAGAAUAUCUUGUGAAUGACAGCUUCCAAAGUGAUCGAGACGAGGAAACAGAGCCCACAACUACAGUUAACGUCGGAACUCGUGCUGUACUCGAAGAACACACUGGCGUUCCUACAUCUGCCUCGCCGAUCAACUCCGCUUCGCUUCGCGGUGAAACUGAAGGCAAAAUUUUGCUGGAUACCGACAAACGCCGUUUAGUCAACAAGUCUGGUGAGCUGAAAGUUCUUGCAAAGAAUGUUCCUCGUAAAACAAGACUUUAUCUUGCAGACAUAUUUACGACUAUGAUAGAUUUGCGCUGGAAAUGGGUCAUAUUUAUAUUUAUAGCCAGCUACAUCAUCUCGUGGGUUGUUUUUGGUUUCAUUUGGUGGCUGAUAGCGUAUGUGAGGGGCUCAACAAUCUGCAUUGAGAAGGUAUGUUAAGCACAAUUGUUCAAGUUUUCCGUUAGAUCUAGUCACCCAUGACAGUCACAAUAAUAACAUGAAGAACAUGGUUAUAUCCAUCGCUUUGUAUUAUUUUUUUGACAACGGGAGGGGAGAGGGGGGAGGGGGAUUGGGUUGGACAGGAGGCUCUUCUGUCGAAGAAGGGGUGGGCCUAAGUCUCGAUUUCAAACAAGUUCUGUAAGUUAUUUUCUGCCAUGCUAUUUUUAUGGGGCUUUUUCUUUUAAAACUGCCAACUGCCUUUACCUAUCACAGCAAAAGUCUCAAGCCAGUUUUCAGUGAGUUUAGAGCUUUUCCUAACUUCACCAAAAUUGAGUGGAAUUUUCUUGUCUCAAGUUACUCUGCUACUCAUUCAUAGUUUUAAGUAUUUAAUCACCAAAGCAGCAAGCCAACCUCUCAAGGACAAUAACCAAGUUAACAAAAUCAUUGAACAGGCAUUGCUAGUUUUAUCUUAGGCAAUUGAGGUCAUGAGUAAUUUGGGAUUGGGAUUGCUGUGAAUGCUGUGUGCCCUGUGAAUGGUCCAAGAAAUUUGUGCCCUUCUAUCAACCAAUCAGAUUCAAAGCUUCAGCCAAGUGCAAUUCUGUCAUUUUUUUUUCCCCACGCUUUAGGUGGUUUGCUUGUUUUUACUUCAAGUUUUGAUGGGUGCCAUGAUAUAUUUCCUCAGUUCUGAUGGGCUAUUAUGAGUGCUUUGGUUCUGGUUUUACCGCACUCAGUCUAAAAAACUGUACAAAAAGGCAAAUAUUCUCAACUUAUGUUGACAGCAGUUAAUUAUAAAGACCUACCUACCUCAGAUUCCAGGUCAAUUUGUUUUCUGCCAAAAAAAAUUUCCUUGCACCCCCAUUCUUCAUUGGAAUUUUCCACGGACAAUUUCUGCAACAAAUAGGAAUGGAAGAGGAAGAAACUUUUCCAACAAUUUUUUAACCUUUUUUCUAGAGUUUCUCUCCUUUGUUAUGAUAAUGGUGCAAAAGAAAGAAAGCCAGCAAAUUAUUAGGUUUUAAAAAUUUUUCAGCAUGUGUUCAAAAUAAGUUGGUUACACAAUUAUGAUGGUUAUUGUCAUUUGUUAUCAUAAAUAGUCGACAAAUUGUUUGAGGAAAAGUUGUGAUUGUGGUUUUUGGAGCUGGAUUAAAAUUGCAUGGCUUAAAUCUUUGAAUUUCUAAUAAUAAUAAUAAUAAUAAUAAUAAUAACUUUAUUACAGUAUUUCCACUGAAAGGUGGCUCUUCAUUUGUAAAAAUUUACAUUAAUAUUAAAAAAUAAAUAAUUAUUUAUUUGUUUAUAAUAAAUAAAUAAAAAAUUAAGUAAUCCAGAAUGUAUACAAAUCAAGAAAUCAAAUGUACAUUUGCCCUAUCUAUAAGAUACUUCCUCACUUUAGUUUUAACAUCACCAAAAACUACAGAGUUUCUUGUAGCAGAGGGUAAUGAAUGAAAAACAUCAGAGGCACUGUCCUGGAAAGUACUCGACUCAAGGGGUGCUUUUACUGUUGUUUCUUUUGAAGAUCUCUGUAUCUGUGUUGCACCUUAGAUAUCUAUUGUCCAAGAUAUGUUUAGAAAAACUCAGUUAUGGGCAUAUUUUAAAAUUAUUUUUAUAUGAAAAAUGUUACUUGGCCAAAUGAUGGUGAUUGCCUGAGAUGUAUGUAAUCAUGAAUAUAUUCUAAAGGGAGCUGGAUCAGAAUUUCACAGCCUCUAUGAUUAAAUCCUUCAACUGGACACUCAAUCUGAUUUUUUCCUUUAAAGCACAGGAAUUAACUCCUCUGCUGUCAAUUGGGAUUUUAAUCAAAUUACCACCUUUUUUUUAUUCUUACUCAUGCUCGCAAAGCUUUCAAAAAUUCCAAUCAUAGCAUUAGUGUAUGCAAGAUGUGUGUGACAUAUAACCCUCAGAGUGGCUUAGUAACUCACAUAGUUCUCUGCGGCUCAGUAGUAAAGCACAGGGGAGCAGAAUCUGGAGGUCUGGGGCUCAUCCCUCACAGGGAGUCGUAGGUUUUUCUUUGUUCCACAGUUGUGACCAGAAGAAGAAACAUUUUCCUUUAUUAUUUCACCAAAUUUACUCCCUUUCAUACAGUUUAUUUGAAUUGAAUAUAUUGUUUAUAUUCUCAAGAACAGCGUCUCUAAGUGGUUAACCCUUUAACUCCCAGAUCAAAUUUGUACUUCUCCUUAUUGUCAAUCAUACAAUUCUUAUAAUGUUUGUUCAGAGAAGUUAGUUUUGGGUCAACUAAUUAUCCCCAAAUUGAUCUUUUUCUUUAUUCUCAUCACUUUUCUGCGUAAUAUUGUAUUGAUAUUGUAAGGAGAAAAUCUUUCUUGGUCACUUAUGGAAGUUAAUGGGUUAAAAGGUGGUAUUAGUGAAUAGAGACUUAUGAAAAAAGUAGAGUGAAUUUUUAAAUGCUUUCAAAAACCUAAACUUAAUUUCUUCUUACAGGUUAGAAGCUUUACAGCUGCUUAUCUUUUCUCUGUUGAAACUCAAGAAACAAUUGGUUAUGGGCAGAAAGCAAUCACAACAAAAUGCCCUGAGGCAGUCAUAGUCCUGCAACUUCAGACCCUUGUGGGAUUACUUAUAGACGCGUUCAUGCUAGGACUGACAUUUGCCAAGCUCUCGAGACCACGAGAGCGGGGGAAGACUGUUAUGUUCUCGGAGUAUGCUGUUAUAGCCCCGAGAGAUGGAAAAAUGUGUCUGAUGCUUCGAAUUGGAGACGUGAGAAAGAGUCAAAUUGUUGACGCAUCUGUCCGAAUGCAGCUAUUCAGAACUCAUACUACUAAAGAAGGAAAAGAAAUCCCGUUUCACCAAGAGGAUCUUAAAGUGUGCUACGAUUGGCGUGACCCUGACAACGACUUCAGGAAUAAACUGUUUUUACUCUUGCCUCUAGUCGUCAUCCACAUAAUUGACGAGAACAGUCCCUUUUAUGACGUCACACCUCAAAUGCUCCAGCGCUCAGAUUUCGAAGUUGUGGUAGUACUGGAUGGAGUGGUUGAAGCGACCGGGCUGAACACACAGCCUAAGUCUUCUUACCUCAGCAGUGAAAUCUUGUGGGGCUAUGACUUCUGUAACACUCUGGAGAAGUCUCAAUUCAGUGAGAAAGGCUUCUACCAUGCCGAUUUUUCUAGAUUGAAUGACAUACAUGUGGUUGAAACGCGAAGGUGUUCGCCAAGAGAGUAUUACAGGCAGAAACAACAGGAAGAGGCCUAGAAACGUGUGUUUUGUCAGUCCAUGAAGUGCUUUCUCUCCUUCAUAUUGGGAAGAAUCAGUGCUCAGAAAAAGUGACCGCAGUGGUCAAAGUCGGUCAUGUGUAAUUGGAUUAUUUUUUUGUCAGUCUUUACACCAAUUUCCCGCGUAUGAUUUAAAAGGAAAACAUUAGGAACGGAAGAUUGCUGUUAUUCAAUAUAUGCGGAAAAAUUGAAUCGUUCUUAGAAAAAUACCAAAGGAAACAAAAGAAAGAAGUAGGACAACUGAGGGCUUUUCGACUGCAAAGUUUAUUUGAUUAAGGUGUUCUGUUUACAUACCAUUUUGUGAAAGAUUUCUACGUCACCCUGUACUAUUUAAAGGCAAAGCAUUUGUCACAAAGGUCUGUGUACCAAGCAAAUUUGUACCUCGUCAUCAAGUAUUGUGUAGUGAUUGUUGUAGAGUAGCAAAUGGUGGAGGUUGUUUUAUACGUAAAAAGUUGUCUCAUAAGCUAUCAUCGCGCGCAGUUCUAGUAGUAAUGUAGAGAGAUUGGUAGCAGCGUUUUCUCGUCUUCACUAGACAAUCAGACCAGACAUUCAGUCUAAAAUUGAUUAA